UUUACAGCGUGCUAUUCCUUCAUUGAGUUCAGGAGAAAACUGUUUGCAUAGCCUACCGAUUUCUCUCGCUCCCCUCGUACGGUGCAUGUCCAAUUCGGGUCUGUAGUUCUCAGAGCCUCUGGAAUUUGUUAGCUGAAGUCAAACGGCUAGUUGUUCGUCCCUUGGACAGAGAACUUCUAAUUGGCUGUUUUCUGUUAAUCUUUCUGUUUUUUUUUUCCUGCGCUGAUUCAACAUUUUGUUCUCUGGCGUCUUUAGCGAACACGGCGGAGCUCGCGCUGAGGUUUGGGGCUAAUAUGCGGUUUUGAGCUCAAUAACAACAGAACCAGAGGGAACAGAGAGAAACCGAGAGAUUCACCAGAACUAAGAACAUCCAUAGACACACAUGGGGCUGGGCGAGGCUUCGGCGAGGGGGACAGCCAUAGAUGGAGACUGUCUCAGCUGUGUCAAAUACCUGAUGUUUGUCUUCAACUUCCUCAUCUUUUUAGGGGGCUCCUUCCUGCUGGGUGUGGGUGUGUGGGUGCUGGUGGACCCCACAGGCUUCCGGGAGAUCGUAGCGGCCAACCCCCUGCUCUUCACCGGGGUCUACAUCAUCCUGGUCAUGGGGGGGAUGCUGUUCUUGCUGGGCUUCCUGGGCUGCUGUGGAGCCAUCCGCGAGAACAAGUGUCUCCUGCUCUUUUUCUUCAUGCUCAUCCUGGUCAUCUUCCUGGCGGAGCUGGCAGCGGCCAUCCUGGCGUUCAUCUUCAGGGAGCAUUUGACCAGAGAGUACUUCACCAAGGAGCUGAAGAAACACUACCAGGGCUACAACAACACUGAUGUAUUCACUGGGACGUGGAACGCCAUUAUGAACACCUUUGACUGCUGCGGCGUGAACAGCCCUGAGGACUUUGAGGACAGCCUGUUCAGACUGAUCAAUCACAACGAGUUGGUGCCGGCGACCUGCUGCCGGAGGAGUAGCCAGCCAGGGGACUCGGCACUGGUCAGCCAAGAUGACUGUCUGAGGGGCAACAUGCUUUUCCGGAACAAUAAGGGUUGCUACUCGGCCGUGGUGGAUUACUUCGAGCUGUACAUCUACGUGGCGGGGGCUCUGGCCAUCGUGGUGCUCACCAUAGAGCUGUUCGCCAUGGUCUUUGCCAUGUGUCUCUUCAGGGGCAUCCAGUAGGCCUGUUGGCCGCAACGCACGAAUGGGAGGAAUUUUCUGGAGCUAGAAAAGGGAAAUUAGGAGACAUGAAAGAAAAAUUAUCACAUGUUAAAUUUGUUGUUCUCUUUUAUAUCUGCAAAACAAAUUGGUGGUAAACAAACAUCAAGUUGUACUUCUCAGCUGGACCUCUGAGGUACUGGGUGACAAAAACAAAGAAAAAAACACAAGAAAACAAAAAUAAGAGUGAUUUGUGUGUAAAGUUAAACAGGUGUUUAGCGGACCAGGUCUCACAGACCAGGUGUAUAGUAGCGGAACCAGGAGGGGCAAAGUGGACCGGGUUGAAACCAGGCAUGGUGAAGAAGAGGUCCUGGUUGAAGCCUGCCUUACAGCAGAAUUAGCCUGAGUCCCAUGUCUGUUUGUGCAGUCUUGCUUGCUAAAUGGGACUCAGGCUAGCGCAGAAGGCACUGCACUGACUUUUGGAUGAAGAAUAUUUAUACUUACUGAGUAAAAUGUUGGCAUAACUGUAAUAUAGAAAUGUGUGUUUUAUGUACACUUUGGCUGUUUCCUUCAACCCUACCCCUCCCUCUGAAACUCCCCUCCCUCCCUCUGAAACUCCCAUCCCUCCCCCCACCCUUUAAUUCUGCCCACCCUCCCUCCUUUCCUUCACUUCUUUCCUAUACUAUUGUUAAAGACAAUACAAACCUGUAAUGCUGUACAAAGCCCCACCUGUCUCUGUGUGUGUGCGUGUGUGUGUGUGCGCGUGCAGGCUUGUCUUGUAUAAACGAGUGCAUGUGCCCCCUGUUUUGACCGUCCCUGAGCACGAGAGCCAACUUCUGAUCUUUUUUUUUAUAUUUGUAUUGUGAUGUUCAUUGCAAUAGUGGUUACAUGUGGUUUAAGUGAACAUAAAUGUAUGUGUAUGCAUUUGUAUUAGAUUCUUGAAAAGAUAAUGACAUUAAAAUGACAUUCUGAA